AUGGCAUCUUAUUCAGGAGAACAAUAAGUCAAAACUGUCAUUAAUACAGAUGAUAUUAAAGAGAUUGUAGCAAUCCUUAAUAAUAAAUUUAAUGAGAAUUAUAGUUUGGUGUCCUUUGAUGAACAAAAUUAGUAAUCAUUAUUGAAUAAUAUUUUAGAUUUGAAUUCUUGGAACUGUUAAAUAAAAUAUUUACACAUCUAGACUCAAGAUGGACUAUAGAUGUUAAAGUAGAUAAUUAAGAAACUAUUAUCUAUAAAAUUACUGAGUAUUUACGAAUUCUAAAUUACCCAGGUUAAUUUGAUGAUAAAUGGUCGCAAUCAGUCUUGAUUGCAGAUAAGAAAGUUGUCUAUCCAAUUUUUUAUUAUUUAUUAACUAGAUAUCCAGAAUUAGAAAAAAGAGCUUAUUUAGCCAAGUAUUUAGUACCAGUAUUUGUGCCGGAUGAAUUUUAAAUGGACAAUGAUAUUAAGACAUGUGUUGAUCAAAUCAAAGACUUAUAAGCUUAAUUCUAAGUACAUCAUUAGUCACUUGAAUAAGUAUAAUCAUAAUCAAUGAAUCCUGAAGAAUUGAAAAAGGAUAUUACUUAAUUUGAAUAAGAAAGAGAAUAAUUAUUAAAUAAGAUUAGCAAUUUUAAGAGUAAAGUAUUAACUAAACCAAAUUUCAAUGAAUUAUUAGAUGUUACUAAUAUGUUAAGAAAGGAAUAAGAAGAAGAAGCUAGAUUAUAAGAUAAACUUAGAUAAUAAAGAAUGUAACUUGAUCAAACAGAUUAAAUGCUUUUAUAAGCUUAAUAGAGAUUGAUUGAUGCUUAAAAGUCAUUGGCUCCUGAUAAUUCACCAGAAUAAAUGUUAAUGGCUUUGAGAAAUGAAGUUAAAAGAAAUAGAGAAAUCAGUAAAGAUAGAUUGGGAUUUGAUUUAAAAGAGAGAAGAAAGAAAUUAGAAUAAAUUGAAAGAUUACUUGCUGAACCUCCUAUUACAUUAAAUGAAUUAAAUAAUUUAGAAAAUACAUUGAUGGCUUUAAGAAGAGCAGUAAAUUAAAUGGAAGAUAAAUUGAAAAGAGAAGCAAAACCUGAAGAUGAUAAAUUAACUAUUUAUAAAUAAUAAGCUUAACUGGUUGCUAAGAAAAAAGAAAGAGCAGUUGAAGAUAUUAAAAAGGUUGAGGAAGAAUAGUAAUUAAUAGAAAAGGAAGUAUUUAAAAAAGAAGAUUAAAUUGCAAAAGAGAGAGGACCAAAUUAUAAAACAAAAGGAGAAUUUAAAGAAUAUGCUAAUUAAUUAAAAGAUAAGAAAUUUUAAUAUCAAAAAUUAAAAGAUGAAUUAAAAGCAUUAUAAGCAGAAAGAGCAACAUUGGAAAGAACAGAAUAGAUUUUAAGAAAAUAAAAAAAUGAAUUACUUAAAUAAUAAUAAGAAUUAGAGAAAACACAUGGAAUUGUUGGUUAUAGUAAGAAAAAGGAAGGUUUAGAAAAAUUAUCAGAAGAAAACCAAUAAAUUAAUUUAUAAAAAGGUUAAACUUUAGAAGAGAUAUCUAAAAUUGUAAAUGAAAUUUAAGCCUAAAUUUAAUUAAAAAGACCUUUAAUAUAAGAACAAUUAGCAGAAAUUAAAACAGUUAGAUAAUAAUAUUCUGUAAAUGAUAUUAUAAUAUUUAUAGGAUUUAGAAUAAGAUCAUAAAAAAAAGAAAUAAGAAUUUGAUAGAAUUAUGUUAGGAGUUGAAAGUGAUUAAAGUUCUUUAGUUAAUGAAGUUAAAAAAUUAAGAGAUGAAGUUUAUGCAUUAGAUAGAAAAAUUAGACUUAAUAAAUUUAAUUCUGAAAUUUUGGAAAUUAAAAUUUAAAGAUUAAAUGAUGAAGUAAAAUUAAUAUAAAUUAUUUAUUUUAGGUUGAAUAUGGUAAGGGAGGUAAAUAAUUAUCAUCUUAAUUUAAAUCUAAUGCUGAAAUGUUACAAUAAAGAAUUUUGAAAUUAGAAGAAAAUAUUAAAAAUCUUAAAUAGUAAAGAGAAUUAGUAAAAGAAAAUUAUGAACCAUCAUUAAGACAAGUAAUAUUUUAUGAUAAUUAAAUAGAUGAAUUAUUUUAGUGAUUUAAAAAAGAUAUUAAAUGUUAAAUUCUAAUAAUUAUCAAAUGAGUAGGGACAAAAAUAAUAAAUGAAAGCAGGAGCCAAUAGAUUAGUUAUUGGUUGA